AUGCUAUUGUCGCUAACAGGCUCUCCUUUGCGUGCCAUCCUCGUUAUCAGAUUUUUGAUGACGAUCCCGACUGCUGUUUCGGCGGGUGCGCAACUGAACGCCUCCUCUGCUGUUCUCCAGCACUGUCAGUCACAGCAGGAUGAGGCCAUUGGCUGUGUGGUAAAUUCCUACCUUGUCAGCGCCGGUCUUUUCAAUCACUGUCAGCCGGUGAAGGUGCAUGCACCGGAGCACCGUACUGCAGCUGCCUGCCCCUGCCGUUCGCUGACCCUGCGCUCCUGGAUCUUUCCAGCUCAACUGUACCAAAUAGCUAACAGUCAGUGCUUCCAGUUCCCGGAUCCUCGUCUUAUUCAGUACGACUGCGGUAAACUACAGCGCCUAGACAUGCUUCUUCGAGAUCUGAUGGCUGGAAACCAUCGGGUACUCAUGUUUACUCAAAUGGCACGUAUGCUUGAUAUUUUGGAACAAUUUUUGGCCUAUCAUGGGUACCGUUACCUCCGCCUGGACGGUACAACCAAAGUGGAACAACCCGACACCGUCAUCUUCUAUGAUUCGGACUGGAAUCCCACAAUGGAUGCUCAGGCCCAAGAUAGAUGCCAUCGUAUUGGACAAACCCGAGAUGUGCAUAUUUACCGCUUGAUCAGUGAAAGAACCGUUGAGGAGAAUAUACUCCGUAAGGCUAACCAGAAACGUCUCCUCAGUGAUGUCGCCAUCGAGGGUGGCAAGUUUACAACGGCCUUUUUCAAGCAGAGUAUCAUCUCCGACCUCUUUGCUGAACCCUCUGGUCUGCAGGAUCUAGUGAACGAAGGAAAAGAUGAGGAGAAACAGGCCGAGGAAUCCUCC